UGACCGGGAGAGCGAGAUUUAGCAGAGACAUACGUUUCUAGUGGAGGCUCCGGAAUACGCUCACGAACACAUUCACACUCAGACACUCUCACACACAGCACGGUGCAAGGAGACGGGGUGAUUUCAGGAGCACCUUGCCACCGGGAAGACUGUACAAGUGGAAACAAAGGAGCGAUCCUUUGGUGGGAGACAGAAGAUUUUAAACAAAUCGUAGACCAGCUGUGCACACGCGGGAGUUGGGCUUUUGCCUCAGUUCAUUCUGAGUAACUUGUGGAUCUAUAAGGGCAAGAAAAGCAUCAAGCGGAAAUCACGCUACCUCGUCCCAUUUCCUUUGCAUUUUUGUUUUGUUUGUUUAUUUCUCCGGUUAUUUAUUUCCCUUCAUGUCUGGCUUUUGAACAUCUAUCUGACAAGCGACUGAACAGAAUUGUUGUGCAGUGCGUAGCCUGGAGGAAUUGGCAGCACUAACAGAAGACUGUCUCAUUGCAUUCAUCGUGUUUGGACAUCAGAGAGAAUCGGUGUCGAAGUGAUUCUGUCGCUAUUUUUUUAUACAUUAUUUAUUAAUUUAUACCGCUUGUAUUUAUUUGUUUGAUUUUUGUUGUACUUUGGGGCUUGACUGCGCUCUGACUGGAAUAUGGUGGGGGAAAUGGAAACGAAAGAGAAGCCGAAACCGACCCCAGACUAUCUGAUGCAGUUGAUGAAUGAUAAAAAACUGAUGAGCAGUUUGCCGAACUUCUGUGGGAUUUUCAACCACCUGGAACGCUUGCUAGACGAAGAGAUCAGUCGGGUGCGUAAGGACAUGUACAACGACACACUAAACGGCAGCACGGACAAGCGAAGCCCAGAGCUACCGGACGCCGUCGGACCUGUCGUUCAGCUUCAGGAGAAACUAUACGUGCCUGUCAAAGAGUACCCAGAUUUCAACUUCGUGGGGCGUAUCCUGGGUCCGAGGGGACUGACGGCAAAGCAGCUGGAGGCUGAGACGGGCUGCAAGAUCAUGGUGCGGGGGAAGGGCUCCAUGAGGGACAAGAAGAAGGAGGAGCAGAACCGGGGUAAGCCCAACUGGGAGCACCUGAAUGAGGACCUGCAUGUGCUGAUCACGGUGGAGGACGCCCAGAACCGGGCCGAGAUCAAGCUGAAAAGGGCCGUGGAGGAGGUGGACAAACUACUAGUGCCCGCCGCUGAGGGUGAGGACAGCCUAAAGAAGAUGCAACUAAUGGAGCUGGCCAUCCUCAAUGGCACCUACAGAGACGCCAACAUCAAAUCACCUGCCCUUGCCUUCUCUCUUGCAGCCAGUGCCCAGGCGGCCCCGCGCAUCCUCACGGCGGCGGGCCCCCACCACCACCACGCCCCCACCAUGCUGCCCCACAACGCCCUGCGCACGCCCACCCCCGCCGGGCCCGCCCUCAUGCCCCUCAUCCGGCAGAUCCAGACGGUGGUACCCAACGGCUCGCCGCACCCGCAUCCGCAUCCGGCCACGGCCACGCUGGUGCAUCCGCAGGGGCCGGAGACGGGCGGGCUGAUCUACGCGGCCACGCCCUACGAGUACCCCUACGCCCUGGCGCCCGCCACGGCCUCGCUGCUCGAGUACCCCCUGGACUCCAGCGGGGUGCUAGCGUCGUGCAAAGCAGAGGAGGUGCCCGUCUACCUGGGGUUCCACUCCUGUCACCUGCCUCUCGCCCUGGGCCGCACAGAGACACACACCGGCCGACCCCCCUUCUAA